AUGAUUCUGUCAGAAUCAGUCACCACUACGGGUUUUGCAUCUUCGGCCUUUCGGUCUAAUAUCCACAGUCCCGAAAUGGCGGGGCCCCCGGUUCCUUCGUGCGCCCGUCCUUGGCCACACCUCACCUCACCUCACCUCAUCUCACUUCAUCUCACUUCAUCUCGACCUCACAUCAGUUCGGAGAGCGGCGGCACAGCGACAGCCGUGUUGCGAGAAAUGGCUUGCGUGAUGUGUGGGUUUCUUGGUGUUCACAAUUUGGCGGCGAAGCAAAUGCAUACAUCCCAUCAUUCCCGUGUGAAUUUAGAAAUUGUCUUCCCUUCCGCGGAGCCGGCCACUGGAAUUCAACGGCACAUCACAACCGUCUGCGGCUCUGCAAGAAAGAUCCUUUGA